AUGCCUCUUUGGUGCGAAGACUUCAAGGACUCCUAUGCAAGACUCGCAAGAGGAAGCGUUCCGACGCUUUUUGUCUGGGGCGAUAGUGAUUGCACGGUGCCUUUCAGUGAGGCGGAGCACGAGGUCCGGAACCUUUUUUCACCUGUCGGCGUCUCCUGCUGUAUGUUGCCUGAAUCCGGUCAUGGUCUACUGCUGGAGGAUGCGAGUCAGGUGUCGUCCAUCGCGACGGCUUGGUUUCACGAUGUGAAGGAUCCAGCCUGGAUCGCCUUUCUAGCUCGCUGGAGGUUGGCUCCAAAUCCCGACGCGCCCACAAUGCUCGGCACCAUCUGA